AUGGCAUCUAACUUUCAAAGAAGAAAGGAACAGCGCAAAAGACAACAAAUUAAAUACAUAAAGAAUUCUUCUUUCCGAGAUUACAUCCGCCAGGUACUGUCCAGAGUAUACUCGCAAUCAAGCAUUGCGGAAAAUGCAGCGUCCGUUGUUGAUUCAUUAGUGUUCGAUGUUUUCCACAAAGUGGCUGCUGAAGCUAAGGACCUCAUAUUUAUCACAGGAAAGCGGACAAUGACAGAAUGGGACAUCCAGUGCGCCGUUUUCCGAUGCCUAAAAGGAGAAGUUGCCGCUCAUGCAAUAUCCGAAGGCCGAAAAGCUGUAGCUUCGUUCACUGACAUGUCCAGAUUAAGCUGA